AUGCGGCACAUCAAGGCGAGCGGGCUCGAGAUUGUGCGCUCCAAGCGGUUAUUCUGGCAGGAGCGCGACGCAGAGCAGUUCUACGCCGAGCAUCAAGGCCGCUUCUACUUCCCCCGCCUCGUCCAGCACGCCACCUCGGGCCCGUUCGUCGCCCUCGCCCUGUGCGCACCCGACGCCAUCACGCGGUGGCGCACCCUGAUCGGGCCGACGCACGUGUACAAGGCGCAGUGGGAGCGUGCAGAGACGCUCCGGGCGAGGUACGGCCUGAGCGACACGAGGAACGGCUUUCACGGAUCCGACUCGCCGUCGUCGGCGGCGAAGGAGCUGGCGCAGAUCUUCGACUCGUGGGACGUCAAGUGGUGGCUAGAGCAGCGAGAAAAGGGCGAGAAGCUGUCGUAGAUGGUCCUCUCGAGUGCAUGCAGGUCGUGCUCUCGUCUCUUUCU